GGCAGCAUGAUGGCUUCAAGUCAGAUCCUACAGUGUUUUCUAAACCAGCUUCUCCUGCUGCGUCUGACUCCGAUUUGGGCAGUAAUAGGUCUCUUGUUUGUCACAGUGUGGCCAACUGUUGCUCAGCUUCAGCUCAAAGGGGAGGUUGGUCAAAACGUGACUUUUGACUGCCCCAGAGACAAAAGCAAGGAAAUUAAAUUAUUCUACCUUCAGAAAGACACGGUAUAUGUGAAUGGCUACCAUGUAAAUAAACCUCUAAGUGAGUCAUGGGAGAACACCGAACGGGACGACUGGACAACUGUGCAUAUGUACAGAUUAAAUAUCUCACACCAAGGAACCUAUUUUUGUAUUAUCCAAUACACUGACAAUCAGCUUGAUGAUAAACAACAAAUACACCUCAGUGUCACAGCCAACUACAGCAAGCCUACAGUCACAGUGUCCUGUGAUAAAAACCAUGAAUAUGGCGGUUGCCUGGUGAGAUGCGCCUCACAAGGUGGAUACCCACGCAACAAGAUGAUGUUGAACAGACCCGCAACUUGGAAUACCAGCCACCAGAUAUGGAAAGUUUUGAACAGCAGCGAACACCAAGAUAAAGACUCAAUGUUGUUCGACAGUUCCAGUACUGCAUGUUUCAACUGCUCAUACGGGAAGCAAGAGAUGCUCAGCUGCUCUGUGGGCGAAGUCACGUCAGACAUGUUCUCAGUCUGUGAACCCCCUCCUGACACUGGCAACCAUGAUGUGAUUGUAAAAGCCAUCUGUGCAAUAGUGGUUUUCAUUAUUGUGGUGGUAUUGGUGCUCCUGUGUAGAUGCAGGAAAGGAAGACAAGCAGGAGAUGCAGCAGGAAGUGUGAGGCCUGAGUAAGGAGGUGAUGGUCCUCAAUGACAUGAAAGGAGGGAAAGAAGCAUCUUGAGUGGCGAACUGGCAAAGAAGAAUAUCUGAUUUUUAUCUUAAAAAUCUUACAUCUUCUAGAAUCUAGAAAAAACAAACUGUACGUAACUCAAAUGUACAUUACAUUUGUGACUGACUGGGAAUGAGCCAGUGUCGUCAAGACUUGGUGACUCACAAGGGACUGCAUCCUGUCAACAUUUCACUGACACUUGUGACUUUUAAGUGUUUGAGGAAGUAGUCAUUAGUAGUAUCAAUUUGUUGGUGAAGUACGAAGUGUCACACAACUGGCUUCGCAAAAAAAAUAAAAAAGGACUUUUCUUGUGGUUUUGUGAAGAGAUCGUCAUACUGGAAAACAGGGAAAUAAUACUUCCCAGCACGGUGAGAAAUACGAUCAAAGGAACAAAUGAUUGUAUUUAAAGCUGAAUUAACUAGAUGAAUUGUAUAUUUUACUGUUACACUGACCUCUAUGUGUAUGCUAAAUGUUGUUAUACUUGCAGUAUCACCCUUUUGGGCUGUGUUGCAUUUUUAAAUACAAUGUAUUGUUGUUGCACCUCAGGUUCCCUCAAAUAGUCAGGCAUUAAUGUUGUCUUUAGUGCUUGGCUUUGUGGAAAUACAUAUAUUUUUAUAUUUUAUAAUUAAAUAACAACAGAACAGUCCGUGUUUGUCCUGUCUGGCUAAAACAAUCAAAAGGUUCUGUAGUUCCCUAAUAUGUGUCCACUUCAGAGUUUGACUCCUUAAUUCAUUUUCAUCAGGGAUAAUAAUUAGCAGAAGCCAUUAAAAAAAAGUGUGUGACUGCAGAAACGAUGGCUGUUAAAAUACAGUGUUUGCACAUGCAUUUUGCACUUUGCUGCUUAAGCAACAUUUUCUGCAGUAUACUAUGCAGUUGAUUCCAGUAUUCCAAGAUACCAGGGGUGUAAUAAUGAAUACAUGAAGGGAAAGGGUUUAUUUUCAGUCAUUAGACUGCCGUUACCCUGAAAAUAAUAUUUUGGUAUUUUUAUCAAUGCUGUAAUAUUUUUCCUCAGCUUACUGUUCUCAUGUGAAAAAAACUGUAUACUUGCAUAAACGUUUAUAUUUUGCUACAUAUUUAUUUCAUGUGAUGUUUUUUUAAUAUAUUAAUAAUUUACUCUGUUUACACUGUCUUGUUAUUCAUCCUUCCUCGGAAUUACCAGACAGUUUCAGAACGCUGCUUUCAUUUCCUCAAUCUGUACGAAACACUGUUCUCUUUGACCUGUUUGUUUGGCAUUGCUUUUGAUUUUAUAAUAGCAUGUCUUUUGUCUUGUACGGAAAUGUACAACCAAUUAAACCCUUUUAAAAUUGAGUUUUUAUUGUCUUACAUUUUUGCUUGCUUCACUAAGUGGUCAGAAUAUCCUCCUUGAACUGCUGCAGUAGACUGUAUUCAGACAAUUUACUGAUUAAGAGUCUUGACUGGGGCUUACAAUGAUAGAAAUCCAUAAACAUUUUAAUGAAAUUAUUAACUUUUUUCCCCCACUUGCAAUAUAUUCAAUUGCCACUAGAUGUAGUACUAGCUCCAUAGAGGGAGGAUGACUCUCCUGCCGUCAUGGCUGAUAUAAAUUGCUGUUGUGCAUCCUGGAUAACAUCUGAUUAUUAUUUUGAACUACCACAUCUAUAAGCCUGAUUACAUUUGUCAUGAGCUAGCCUGCUAAAGCAACUUCAUUUCCGUCUGCCUUGAGAAUGAAACACUGUUUAUGCAUUCAGCACAUGAUGUAUAAUCAGAGCAAUGUGAACACAACCCUUUUGAACAGGAUACAUAAUGUCUCCCUGACCUCAGUAUGUAGUCACCUUCCAGGAGUGAAGCUGGGUAGCCCUUCCCUGGUUUACUGGAGUAAAAGAGAAGAUAAACAAGAGGAGGAAAGAGGAGAGGAUAGUAGACUGGAACUGAGGUGACGUCAAAGGAGGGAAAAGAAGAGGAGAUGUAUGGCCACUUGAGUCUAAUGCGUCUGUGAGUUUCCUGAGAAAAGAGACAAGAGAAUAUGUUUAAUGUCUAACAUAAAACAGAUAUAUGUAUAUCACAGCUAACUGUCUUAAUGUAUUUGUAUCUCUGUCUCACUUUUCUUCCUGUUAAACCUUUUCCUACCUCUCCAUUUGUUUUCUUCCCUCUUUUUCUCUUUGUCUCAUGAGUCACAGUGACAGACUGUCAGUCCACCUCUCUGCCCUGUGUUUACAUUGGGCAGCAGAGCUGCACCAGGCUUGUUGCACUUCAGGAAUGUAACCCCAAGGUCCCUGCCCUCCACCUCCUCCUCCUCCUCUUUUCCCUUCUCCCCAUCUUUUUCGUUCCCUCCUUCAUUCUUUUAUUCCCUCAUUGCAUGGACUCACUCCUUUCCCUUCUCCUCACUUUCCUUCUGUUCCUUCUUCUGUCAUUUCCCUUCUGCUCCUCUCCUCCCUCUAAUUAUCCUGUCCUCUGCCCCAUCACACCCCCCUCCCACCCCUCACAAGUUCCCUUCCUCUCCUUCUGCCACUAUUCUCUCUUCGUUCCCUAACGCACCCUUUUCUCCUUGGCCUUUCUCUCUUCCGAACCUCCACACCCCCUAGUCCCCUUUUUCUAUUCCCUCUUUAAAAUUCAGAGAGCAUUGUCCAAACUCACUUACAACACCC